GAGCCCAGAUUGAAAUCCAACAGAAAACAGGAAGCCAAUACACCUCUGAUGUUCAGCAGAAACAAAAGAUUUCUGCUACAGUUUCAUCUAAAGUCAACAUCAUCCAGCCAAUGCUGACAAAUCCAGUAAUAACAUCUUCCAAUCCCUCUCACAUGGAUCGUGUGUGCAGCACAUGGGGCAACUUCUACUUCAAGAUGUUCAGUGGACACAUAUUCUCCUUCCCUGGGCUCUGUAACUAUGUUUUUGCAUCCCACUGCAAUGCUCUCUAUGAGGAUUUCAACAUCCAGAUCAGGCGUGUAGUGGUGGAAAAUGUUCCAACAAUCCAACGUAUCACCAUGAAACUUGAAGGUCUAGCUGUUGAACUAACAAAGAAUGGUGUCAUGAUUGACAGCAAAAGAGUUCAACUGCCAUACAGUCAGCCUGGACUUCAGAUAACAAAAAGCAACAUUUAUGUGAAAGUUACCAGCAUCAGGGGUAUACUGUUAAUGUGGAAUGGAGAUAACAGUAUCCUGCUGGAACUGGAUGAGAAAUAUGCCAAUCAGACCUGUGGACUUUGUGGGGACUUCAGAGGGUUUCCAGUUAACAAUGAGCUCUCUUCAAACAAAGACAGGAAUAGAGACUUGCAGUUUGGGAAUUUGCAGAAAAUGAAUGGGCCAACAGAAGACUGUGAAGAUGUCACUUCUACCCUGCCAGAUAACUGCACUGGUAUUUCUGAUGACAUAUGUCAGAAAACAUUGACCAGCUCUGCAUUUUCAGAGUGUAAUCACCUAAUUGAUGUUAGAGGGUACAUUAAGGUUUGCCAAGAUGACUUGUGUCACUCUAAAGAGUCUAAAAACACUUCAUGUAUCUGUGACACCUUUGCCGAAUACUCCCAGCAGUGUGCUCAUGCUGGUGGGCAUCCUCUGAACUGGAGAACCUCAAAACUGUGCCCCAAGAAAUGUCCUUACAACAUGCAGUAUGAGGAGUGCAGCUCCCCCUGUAUUGACACAUGCACCAAUCCCGAAGAAUCCAGCACUUGCAAAGAACAUUGUAUGGAUGGUUGCUUCUGCCCCAAAGGGACUGUAUUUGAUGACAUCAACAAUUCUGGCUGCAUUCCCCUUCAGCAGUGCCCCUGUGUUUACGGUGGCCAAACCUACACUACAGGAACUUCUUUUUCAAAGCAGUGCCAAACCUGUACCUGUGAGGGAGGCAGGUGGAGUUGCCGAGGCACGUCAUGUCCGCGAACAUGUGCGCUAGAGGGAAGUUUGCACAUCACCACGUAUGAUGAAGUGCGUUACAAUUUCCAGGGCGACUGCACUUACAUCCUUUCUGAGCACUAUGGAGAUAAAGCAUUCAGCGUCCUGGUAGAACUAUACCACUGUCACCAGAAACAGACUGAGACAUGCUUAAAGGCAGUGAUCCUUAAAAUGGAUAAUGACCAAAGUAUCUUCGAGGUCCAACCUGAUGGUCACGUGUUCCUCAACAACAUGCGCAUCCAUCUGCCCAUCUCAGCAGAAAAUGUCACUGUGUUCAGACCUUCAUCAUUCUUCAUCAUCAUGCAGACAAACUUUGGCGUCCGUGUUGAAAUCCAAAUCACACCCAUCAUGCAAGUAUUUGUGCAACUGGAUCCUAUUUUCAAAAAACAGACCCAUGGUCUCUGUGGAAAUUUCAAUGAUGACCCAAGAGAUGACUACCUGGCCCCAACUGGAGUACCUGAAGGAACAGCAAAAGGGUUUGCUGGUUUUUGGCAAACUCAGAGUUCGUGUGCAGUGCCAGGGACCAUUUCUGAGAACCCUUGUGCACUCAGCAUUGACAAAGAGAAAUAUGCUCAGCAUUGGUGUGGGCUACUAACUGACAGCAAAGGGCCUUUUGCAGACUGUCACCAUGAAGUGGAUAACAAAGUUUACUACACGAACUGCAUGUUUGACACAUGUGACUGUGAAAAUAGUGAGGACUGUAUGUGUGCAGUUCUGUCUUCCUAUGUGAGAGCUUGUGCUGCAAAAGGAAUCCAGCUGCACGGAUGGAGGAGUGAUGUCUGCUUAAAGUACACCACCUCAUGUCCCAGAUCCCUAAGCUACAGCUAUACCAUAUCUUCCUGCCAACCCACUUGUCGGUCUCUGAGUGAGCCUGAUGUCACAUGCAACGUCAAGUUUGUCCCCGUUGAUGGCUGCACCUGUGUAAAUGGCACCUACAUGGACGAGAGUGGCAAUUGUGUGCCUGCUAGCAAAUGCCCUUGCUACCACAGAGGAUCUCCCAUCGCAUCUGGAGAAGAGGUCCAUGAAAAUGGGCUUGUGUGCACUUGUAGCCAAGGAAGACUGAAUUGCAUUGGAGCACCCAAUCCAACUUCAGAGUGUGAACCUCCCAUGUCCUACUUCAACUGUAGUAAUGCCCCUGCAGGAGCAACUGGGUCAGAAUGUCAAAAAACUUGCCAGAAUCCGCGUGUAGGCUGUUAUAGCAAGCAUUGUGUAUCUGGCUGCAUGUGCCCAGCUGGACUUGUGUUAGAUGGGAAGGGUGCUUGUAUUCCUGAAGAGGAUUGUCCGUGUGUUCACAAUGAAGCCACGUAUAAGCCUGGGGAAAAGAUCAACAUUGACUGUAACACAUGUGUAUGCAGGCGUAGCAAGUGGGAAUGCACCACAAAUAGAUGUCCGGGCACUUGUUCUGUUUAUGGAGAUGGACAUUACACCACCUUUGAUGGCAUAAGGUUCAGCUUCAAUGGAAACUGUGAAUACACACUAGUCCAGGACCACUGUGGGAAGAAUGGCACAGCCAGUGGGACCUUCAGGGUUAUCACAGAAAAUAUUCCCUGUGGCAACACUGGGACAACUUGCUCAAAAUCUAUCAAAGUUUUCUUAGAGAGCUAUGAACUGAUACUUGGCGAGGAGCAUGUCAAAGUCAUACAGACAGAACAAAAUUAUGAGGUGCCAUACACAGUCCGCUACAUGGGUAUGUACUUGGUAAUUGAGACCAGAGGCGGACUGAUCCUCAUGUGGGACAAGAAAACCAGCAUCUUCAUCAAGCUCAGCCCUGAUUUUAAGGGCCAGACCUGUGGCCUCUGUGGAAAUUAUGACAACAAAGGCAACAAUGACUUUACUACAAGGAGUCAGUCUGUGGUAGAGAACGUCCUAGAGUUUGGAAACAGCUGGAAAGUAUCCUCUACAUGUCCUGAUGCUUACGGCAUAAAGGACCCAUGUUCCACCAACCCUUACCGAAAGUCCUGGUCAGAGAAGCAGUGUAGCAUCAUCAACAGUGACACCUUUGCUGCCUGUCACUCUCAGGUUGAAUCAGCAAAAUAUUACGAAGCAUGUGUGACAGAUGCUUGUGCCUGUGACACUGGAGGAGACUGUGACUGUUUUUGUACAGCAGUAGCUGCCUAUGCUCGAGCAUGUAGUGAAGUUGGUGUCUGCAUAGCCUGGAGAACCCCAUCCAUCUGUCCACUGUUCUGUGAUUACUACAAUCAACAAGGAGAAUGUGAAUGGCACUAUAAGCCUUGUGGAACCUCUUGUAUGAAGACCUGUAGGAACCCGAGUGGAAAAUGCCUCAAUAACUUGCCAGGUUUAGAAGGCUGCUACCCUAACUGCCCACCAGAAAAACCGUAUUUUCAUGAGGAUCAGAUGAAGUGUGUCAGUCUCUGUGACUGUUACGAUACUGAAGAUGGAAAGAUAUACAGAUGGAAUGAAUGUAAUUUAUGUGAAUGCACAUCAGAAGGUUUACAGUGCAAGUUUGAUGAGACAGCAUGCCACUGCAUUUAUGAAGAGAACAACUAUAAAUAUGGUGAACUCAUCUACAACACCACAGAUGGAACUGGAUGGUGUUUCAGCGCAACAUGCGAUGUCAAUGGAACAAUUAACAGAAAUAUCUUCAAAUGUGGUAUCUUUACAACUCCCUUUACAUUUUCUACAAGCCAGCCCACAACUACUACUGCAG